UAUUUUAUGCUUCAUUGGAACAAUUUUUAGGUUGUGUGGGGUAACAUUAUUUAUUAUUGACUUUAAUGCCUUUGCAAUUGAUUUUACUUUGCCAAAAGGUUCUUUCUGGUAGCAACAUUUUGGCUCAUUAUUUAGCUGUUGCAAUUAUUAACAAUUCCUUGCUCCCCCACAUUUCAUUCCAUCUUCUCGAAGUUGAAAUCUUUUGUCAAGAUUUGAUUAUCUUUUUUCUUUAGUUCCACAUUUUUUGUCCCUUAACCUUACUCAGAACCCAUCUCCUUGUUUUUCUUCCCUUUAUUAGCUCUAUAUCAGUAGCUGUACAUGUAAGUGGCUCACUCUUUUGGCCUUUUGGGCCAACUUGUUUGCCCUUUUUCUCUAGCAUUUUGCUGUUUUAGUUAUUUUCUUUUGGAUUUGGGAUCUGGGUAGUUCUCAGAUUUAGUAGUUCUCUUAGUGAUUCUAAGUAGGGGUUUUUUGUUUUUUGUAUAGAGAGAGAUAUCAUGGCAGGAGGAGGAGCUCCAGCCAAAGCAGAUGAGCCACAGCCACAUCCACCAAAGGAACAGCUGCCCAACAUUUCUUAUUGCAUUACAAGUCCACCUCCAUGGCCCGAGGCUAUCCUUCUUGGUUUCCAGCAUUAUCUUGUGAUGCUUGGCACCACAGUGAUCAUUCCCACUUCUCUUGUUCCCCAGAUGGGAGGUGGAAAUGAGGAGAAAGCAAAGGUGAUCCAGACUCUACUCUUUGUUGCUGGUUUGAACACAUUGCUGCAGUCACUGUUUGGGUCUAGAUUGCCUGCUGUUAUUGGAGGGUCUUACACCUUUGUCCCAACAACAAUCUCAAUUAUCCUUGCUGGUCGGUUCAGUGAUACUACAGAUCCUAUCCAGAGAUUUAAAAGGAUUAUGCGGGCAAUUCAGGGCUCCCUCAUUGUCGCUUCAACUCUUCAGAUUGUCCUCGGGUUCAGUGGCCUUUGGCGCAAUGUGACAAGGUUUUUAAGUCCACUUUCAGUUGUUCCUUUGGUAUCUCUAGUUGGUUUUGGGCUUUAUGAGUUUGGUUUUCCUGGGGUUGCCAAAUGUGUGGAGAUUGGACUGCCUCAGCUAAUUCUUAUAGUAUUUAUCUCACAGUACUUGCCUCAUGUGAUAAAAUCUGGAAGACAUGUCUUUGAUCGUUUUGCUGUCAUAUUUUCAGUGGUUGUUGUUUGGAUUUAUGCUCAUUUACUCACUGUGGGUGGAGCUUAUAAUGGUAAAGCACCAAAGACACAAAUAAGCUGCCGCACUGAUCGUGCUGGUCUAAUAGAUGCUGCUCCAUGGAUAAGAGUUCCUUAUCCCUUUCAAUGGGGAGCACCUUCAUUUGAUGCUGGUGAAGCCUUUGCUAUGAUGAUGGCUUCUUUUGUUGCUCUUGUAGAGUCCACUGGGGCUUUUAUUGCGGUGUCAAGAUAUGCAAGUGCAACUCCAAUGCCACCAUCUAUUCUUAGCCGUGGUAUUGGUUGGCAGGGAGUUGCAAUUUUGGUCUCAGGGUUGUUUGGAACUGUCAAUGGAUCCUCAGUCUCUGUAGAGAAUGCUGGUCUUUUAGCCUUAACACGAGUUGGCAGCCGAAGGGUUGUUCAAAUCUCAGCUGGAUUUAUGAUUUUCUUCUCUAUUUUGGGGAAAUUUGGAGCAGUCUUUGCUUCAAUUCCAGCGCCCAUUAUUGCUGCUUUGUACUGCCUAUUCUUUGCUUAUGUCGGUGCUGGAGGCCUUAGUUUUCUACAGUUCUGCAACCUCAACAGCUUCCGUACGAAGUUUAUAUUAGGCUUCUCUGUUUUUAUGGGCUUAUCCGUGCCACAGUACUUCAACGAAUAUACUGCAAUUAAUGGCUAUGGUCCUGUUCACACCGGCACGAGAUGGUUCAACGAUAUUGUAAAUGUGCCUUUAUCAUCGGAAGCAUUUGUUGCGGGUUGCUUGGCAUAUUUCCUCGAUAACACAUUGCAUCGCAAGGACAUUAGGAAGGACAGAGGCAAGCACUGGUGGGACAAGUUCCGGUCAUUCAAGGGCGAUUCAAGGAGUGAAGAAUUUUAUUCCCUCCCCUUCAAUCUGAACAAAUAUUUCCCAGCUGUGUGAUAUAUGAGGCGCCAAGGUAAUCAAAUAUUUACUCCUUUUGUUAAGUUCUCAAAGGCCCUUUGUGGAGCACAUUUCACUCUCACCCACCAUUGAUUACCUGUUUUGAAAUUGUAUUACACGGUGUAGCAG